UGGCCAGUGAGAUCUUAUCAACAUGUUGGGAUGGCAUCUUGGAUGUUUUGUCAGUACUGUUAAAUGGCAAAAGUGCUAUUGGAGUGACAAACACCUUCGCGAUCAUGAUCGGCACAGAGGGAGCAAAGGAGGAAAGUCUGAGGAAACGAGAAGCUUUAUGUAAAUGUCUAGAGGGGUUACAGACUGCUGCUAAACUCUGCUGCUCAUUAGGUUUACAGGAAAGAUGUGAAGGGGUUUUUAAACUGCUCGCCAACACUUCCUGUGUGAUGGAAGAUUUCAAACAUGCGACUUUCUCCCUGACCGACAGGACCUCACAGAAAUCAUCUAUACUCUCACAGUCGAAAUCCAAGUUAGUGCGGCUACAUGCGGCGCAUGUGUUAAGUAUGGACGCCAUGAUGUCUACAGGUUUAGAGAUUGGCAGUCACUCUGCCGACUGCUGGAAACAGGUGUUCCGGUGUUGUGCAUUUAUCUCGGAGCUGGAACACACUUACUUCAGUAGUGGUAAUAACCAGUCCAAUCUUCCCAGAAUACAACAAGAGCAUGCAGUUGGCAUGGCAACACAUGAAGAAAGUGAUUGUGAGAUGUAUGGUGUACCAGUUACACCGGUGGUACCUGUAGCACCUAGAAUAAAUGUACCGGCCCUGAUCCGACAGAGCUGUAUAGAGUCAGGAUGGGACAGGUCUAUUUCUGGAGGAGGGAUGUUAAACUCUGUACAAGCUUCACAAGCUUUAUGUGGACUCUCACAGCAAGUGGACAGAUUAUUUGAAGAAGCAGCAAACAAUCUAAACAUGACCUCACUGACGGCCUUCCUGUCCAGUUUAUGUGAGUCCAGCAAACAUCAGCUUCAUAAAAUAACUAGAACAAUAAUGGAGGAAGAGGAGUACCCUGGUGAACACCACAACUUACCUGUAAAUUCGUUACACCUGUAUAGGUUACAGAACGUUCUCAUGAAGGUUGUUCAUAGUGACAGACCUCUCAUACAUCUCAUCAAAGCUUGGAGCGUUGUAUCAUCUUAUCUUGUAGAGUCGGCAGGACAUAAAGACCGGAGUAUAUCUAAGAUGGCAGUUACAUGUGUACAUGAUUUUAUAAUAGCUGUGAUGAGUGGACAUCCAGAAUUACAACAUUUCCACACAAAUGAGAUGCUGUGUAAAACAUUUGAGAAUAUUCUAUGCCUAGAACUCUGUGAUGGAGAUGUCCAAGAUCAGAUUGUAUGUUCUAUUUGUGAACUGGUGGAGGCAUCAGCCUCAGACAUCAGAUCUGGCUGGCGUCCUCUGUUUGGUGCUCUGAGGGCAGUGAGGAUAGAGUAUACAACAGUUGAGGAGGUGAAUGAGGCUAGACAGAGGCACGUGGAGGCUGUGCUAGAUGUGUUUGAUGUAUACCUCAACACAGAUAAUAUACUCGUGUUUGCUAAUGCGACGGUAGACUGUAUACUGUGUUUACUGAAGUAUGUCAGGGGCCCAGGAGAGUUUGAGGACUCGGAUACAGAAGAUACAGAUUCUGUAAGUGAUUAUAUGACAUCAUCUCCGGCGUCUGAGAACCUGGUUCUACCUGCGUUAAAUUAUCUCAAACAGUGCUGCGUAAUUCUACAGUCCAUGUGGAAAAUGCCAGCCUGUCCUGUCUUUCAUGGAGCUAAAAGGAUUCAGGUGGACAGUACUCACAGCACUGUGGAUAGAGAUAUACCAAACAUGAACUUUAAGAAAUUUUCAAAAUAUUUUAUCCUGGAUGAGGAAGUAGGUGACCAACUAGCUACAGAUAAAUCUCCCAGUCAUGAGAAUGUGGAGAAAGUUAAUGGAUCUGAGGAUAAAUCUCCUAGUCAUUUUGUAGAUAAAUCACCAAGUCAUGAGUGUACAGAAAAAACUAGUGGAGAUUCUACUAGUCUUCUCUCUAAUGAUUCUGGAAUUCUACUGACUGCAAGUAAAGAAUCCGAGGAAUGUUCGAGUACUUUGUCUAUCAGUUUAGAGCAGUUAGACAACCAUACAGGGAUAUUACAUGUGUGGUUCCUGAUGUUAGAAGGACUGUCAGGGGCCAUCUGUGCCUGCCCCCGGUCAUACCAGCCCCACACCAUGGAGACAAUGUUUGACUUGUUAAGGUCAGCGUCACAUGUACCAGGACCAAAGUUUGUGGUAUACAGUAUGAAUCACUUGUUAUUCCCCAUGCUACAAUCAUGGUUACGCUCUGGUAGUAAGAAGUUUGGUUACUGGGACACUGGGGCCACCAACUUUAAACAAUGUUGUGGACAUAUUACAGAUCUUGUCGUCGAUCUUCUACAUGAUUUUAAAGAUGAUGAGAAAGUGUGUAGAAUGAUAGAGGAAGUAUUGAAACAGCUCCUUAUAGUUCUCACAGAAUGUGUCGCUCAACCAUUUGAGGUCAUCUCUAGAUUAGGAUGUUCUUGUAUAAGGCAUAUCUUGCUGAGUGCACACAUGGAUUUCACAGAGAGUAUGUGGCGAGUGGUGAUAGACAGUUUAGAGAACGCCCUAGACGUAACGACAUACUGCCUGCGUCAACUGAUGCUGCUGUUCAAAACAAACUCAGAGAACUUUUACGGGGAUAUAGGUCAGGUUAAAGUGGCAACCAGGAAAGAUUGCUCUAUGAUGGAGUUUGUGAGAAUGUGGCAUUUAGCACAACAGGUGUUCCUAUUAGACAGUCAGGUGAGUGUAGAGGUACCAUCAAUAGACAGUGCGGAGGACAAGUCGUAUGUGUUCCUCCUAUAUCCUCCUGGUUACGAGAACAGUCUGAACCCAGAUCAUAUUCUAGCUAGGACAUUUACAAAUUCUGAUGAAGCACCAGUAGGAGUUCCGUUCCGCAGUAUUGUAGUAGGUCUAUUGUCGCAUCAGUUACUGUUACAGACAGUAGGCUGUAUUCUUCUAGAGGGUACAAACACCCCAGACAGUCAUAUGCCAGGAAUGCUGUCUCAAUUAACCACUAAACAUGUGAUGCAGCUUCUUGACUGUCUACGUAACUCCUACAAGUUGGCCUGCGAGUUUGAUACUCGUCCAGGCCUGAAGUUUCUGGUGCAGAAAGUAGCCCACACACCUGUGGCUGUAAAUUUGUAUAAACAAGCUGGAGCCAGCAUGGUGUUCUAUAUUCAUACGCUGAUCAAAAUUUGCGCAAACAUUCCUGACCUUGAUAAAGAAAUUGUAAGAACUCUUCUGCUGAAAGAAACUAAAAAUGAUCCUUCUGCAGUUGAUAAUAGAAAAUCAGAUGACAAAAGUCAGGAAUUUGUGAUAGAUAAUAAUACAGAAGUAACAGAGAGAAAUGAUGAUGCAUUGUCGAACAAUGAUAAAGAAGAAAUAAAUAAGUCUUCCAAUUUAGAUAGUUCAGAUAAAUCUGAAGGUAACGAAACUGAGAAACACAAAGCUGGUGAUGACAUAGAUGAGAAAAAAGGUGCUAAACUUACAAAUUCUACCAAAAUAGGUGAAAAUAAUGUAGAAUUGUGUAGCCAAGUUAUUAUUAAUAAUCCAAAGAUGUUUGUUUCCCAGCUUAAGACAGUGUGUGACGAAUUGUGCGAGACGUAUAUAGACAUUCUGUAUGAUAAAUCGGGAGCCAGCUGUGUGGAUACAAUGUCCGACCAACAGUUGUUCUUCCUUAUAGCGCAACCAGAUGAUUUUCCGGAACUUCCAACCAAAACUAAAGUAGAUGCCAAGCAAUUGAGUAAAGAGCUUGAAGAAACUCAGGCCCGAUUACAAGGUCAAGGUCAAAUUGUUCAGCUGCAGACAGUCGGAAUACAGGAAAAUGGUUCAACUGUCGGCAAAACUGCCAGUCAGGAGAAAGAGACAGUGUUACCUCCCCUUAGUCCUGUACAUUCACAUACCAAGAGUAAACGAGAAAUGAGAACUGAACAAGAAAGUCGCGUUUAUAACGUAGCAACGGACAAACUGAUCAAAAAUCUCAUGACAGAGUAUAAGAAAAGAAAGAAUCAGAAUGCCAUGCCAACAUUUGCCAAAGUGAACAAGAAAGAUAAUUCUGACAAGAAAAUGAAGAAAAAGCAAGCUUCUAGUGACCCAGUGGAACAAGUGAUUGAGGAGCAACAGCAGACGUCAAUUAUGAAGGACAGUGAAGCACACCUACAGUCUUGGACUGAGUUGCUAUGUACAAUCCUUGGCUUAUUUGACCAAUUAGAUGACAAGAAAUUCACUACGCUCCUCCCAUCUGUCUUUGAAUCUGUCAAUCAUCUCAUUUGCCACGCCCAAGACAUGAGAUUAAGGGAGGAGCUAGCAAGAUGGUUGCACAGAGUUGGGGAUAUUUAUUCUUUAGGGCCAAAAAUGGACUAAUUUCUUAGUUAGCUAUAAAAAAUGAAAUAAUUUUCCUAGCUUAGGCUGGUUUCUUAGUUAGCUAUAAAAAAAUGAAAUAAUUUUCUUAACCUAAUUAGGCUAGUUUCUUAGUUAGCUAUAAAAAAAAUGAAAUAAUUUUCCUAACCUAAUUAGGCUAGUUUCUUAGUUAGCUAUAAAAAAAAAAGAAUUUUCCUAGCCUAAUUAGGCUAGUUUCUUAGUAUGCUUAAAAAAGAAAUGAAAGAAUUUUCCCAGCCUAAUAAGGCUAGUUUCUUAGUAUGCUUUAAAAAAAAAUGAAAGAAUUUUCCUACCAUAGGCGAUACAACAUGUGUGGUAUACAGUGUUAACUUGGUGUAGUAACAAGCAUUUGGUUUUAAAAUUGUAUCUGUGUGUUAAUUGUAGACCUAAAAUUAUAUAAAAAAAACAUACUGGUACGCUUUAACAAUAGGUAAGGUUAAAAUAUUCUUUAUUUAUAAGUCUUUAUAUUGUUUCAAUUAUCACUUUUAUUUCAAAAUGAAAUUGUUGAAAUGAUGAAAGUCUUAACAUUAUAUGAUUAUUGGGAUACUGUUCUUGAAGACAAAAUGUCACUGUUCAUUUCAGUUUCACAUUUUACAAGCAAUACCAUCAGUGAAGUAUGACGAUCAAUACACCAUUCUUAAAUGUGCAAUAUAAAGAAAUAGAGAAAGUUUAAAAGGGCUCUUUGCUUGCUAAAUUGUUGUAACAGAUCUGAUGCAUUAAUGUACAUGUAAUAUAUAAGCUCUCAUAACAUAGAAUGAUACUGUUUACAUAGAAAUUUGUUGAUCAACAUUCAGGGCUCUCAGGUGGCAGAGUGAUAAAGGUUUCCGACUACCAAUCACAUGCCCUUUACAGCUGUAGGUUUAAAUCCUGUCAGAGUUUGUUGAUAGCAUUGGAUACCCUCAUCAUCAUGUUAGCUAGCUUACAGAGAGUUCAUUGUUCAACUGAUGAGCACUCUUGUGUCUGAAAUAAUGCUCAAAAGAGCAUCUGAGUUAUGAGCUAUAAAGUCAUCAUAAUGACCUUUUAAUCAGCGUAACUUAAAACGGAACAAAACAAAUCAAGAUCAAAUUUUUGUCAUAUAUUGUAGCGCAUUCAUGUUCAUUAAAAAAGAAAUGAUUGCAAUAAUUCAGAAUCAUAUAUAUAUAUGACUUCGUGUAUUGUGGUGCUUAUUUCAUCAUAAAGUUUUACUGGCCUGAAUUUAUGGACUUUUGUUGUUUUUGACUUUGUAUUGUCCAUUGUUUGUUGAAAAGAUUUUGAAAAAAAAACGUAAAGAGAACCAUAUAAUGUCUUAUUAGACUGCUCAUAUUUGCAGGCUAUAAGACUGUAUUAAUUAUUGAUAGCAUUUAAAAUAAGGGGGAAAAUUUUUCUGUAAUAUUUACAUUCUAUUCAUUUUGUGUAAAUUAUCAAGAAGGUUGCAAUACUCAUGAUUUAUGUUUCUUUGUUUAAACUCCAUAUCAUAUAUACGAAAUAUAUAAGUUGUUGAAUUUUUAGAAGAGAAAACUUUAUCGUCUAAUUCAUAAAAGAGAAAUCUGAAUUAUUUAUUCUAUGAAAUUUAAUAUGUGAGUACUUUAUAUACAUUUGAAAGAUCUGAAAUGUUUAGAUUUAUAUAAAUGAAUGGUUUGAAUUGUUUAGUGUACUGUAUACAUGAUGUUCUGAACUGUUUAUGUGUAAAAGAUCUGAAAUUGUUUAAUUUAUAUAUGAAAAAUCUGAAUUGUUUAGUGUACUGUAUACAUGAUGAUGUGAAGUAUUUAAUUUAUAUAAAUUAUGAAAGAUCUGAACUGGAAAGACCUGAAAUUUUAUAAGAAUUGUUUAAGAUCUUGUUUAUAUUUGAUUGUAAUCAAUCUGUUACCAAGAAUUAAUCAAAAUGGCCUCUUGCAACAAACAUAGUCUAGUCAUUGCCACUAGUGUUGAAUCAUUUUAUGGGCCUUAAUUCUUUAUUUUUCUGAAGUUUUCACACAAAACUUGCCAAAUUUGUGUCACAGAUUAGUCCAGUUUUGAAUUUCAAGCAUUCCAGUAGUAUUUUCAAGGACUUUGAUAUCAAAAGUUAAAA